AUGGAAAGACAGAAGGCGACUCUGCAAGAGCUCAUGACUGCUGCGAAAGAUAUGCUGAGAAACACAGAAGUUGCCAUUCGAUCUUUUAUGAUGCUACGGCCCAGGUUUCUACACCAAAGUAAAGGUUCUUUGGUUGGUCCCACUGCCCCGUCCCAACCUCAAGGAGCAAUUACCACACAGACAUCAGGUGGUCAAGCUGCCGCAAAUGCUAUGGUGCCGGUGUACGAGUUUUACAGUGGGCUUCCCAAGAAACCGUCACCCUUUUUGCAACAAACUGUUGCCAGAUUCGAGAAGUAUUUGACCGAGUGUCAUCAGUGGAUUGAAGAAUUGGAGCAGUUGCUACUCUUAGAUUCUGAAAGAAACUCUUCAAACACAAGCUCUUCACUGUUCCAAUCGUUGCCUAAAGUCUUGACAAAUGUGCAUGACUUCUUUGUGCAUGUGGCAGCAAAGGUGGAAAGUAUCCAUCAAUACAUUGAAUCCAUGCGGACGGCCUACCUCGCUGACCAACGCCGCCGGGGGGAUGAAAAUGACCCGUUUCUCGAGGCUGACCGCCGUGAGAUGGCCAAACAGGAGGCCGCGGCCCGUAGGGCUCACCCAACUCAGCAUUUGCCUUCGGCUCCUCAACAGCCACCCAAUCAGAGUAAUGGACCCUUAGCCAUCACGGCCCCACCUGGACCAUCAACGGCAUCAAAUACGUUGGCUGCCCAAUCGGCUCCAAGUGCGAGUGGGCCGUCGCUGUUUUCAACACCUGCUGUUGCCCAAUUGGCUCCGAGUGCGAGUGGGCCAUCGCUGUUUUCAACACCUGCUGUGGCCCAAUCGGCUCCUCUGUUCUCCACCCCUACAUCAGCAUCUGCUCCUUUCUCAUCUUUGCUGGGGACUCCCCAGCCGUCGCCUUUUAGCUCCUUGUCUGCUGCUUCGGCUACGGGGUGGUGCCAUUGCAUCAGGAGCAAGCUUUGGGACUCAAUCGAAAGCAAGAGCGAAAAGCCGCACUGGGCGUAG